AGCACCGCAAGAGUAUCUCUCACUUCCUCCCUUCCUGCCACUCUCCAGUGCUCGCCAUUCGAUCGAUCCGUUCUUCACAAUUCCAGGGAAAAUGAGAGAGAUCCUUCACGUUCAGGGUGGACAGUGCGGUAACCAGAUUGGUUCCAAAUUCUGGGAGGUUAUUUGUGAGGAGCAUGGCAUAGAUCCAACUGGAAGGUACGUUGGACAUUCAGAUCUGCAGCUGGAGCGCGUCAAUGUCUACUACAACGAAGCUUCUUGUGGAAGGUUUGUUCCGCGUGCAGUGCUCAUGGAUCUGGAGCCUGGUACUAUGGACAGUGUACGCACUGGUCCUUAUGGCCAGAUCUUUCGCCCUGAUAACUUCGUUUUUGGCCAAUCUGGUGCUGGAAACAACUGGGCAAAGGGGCAUUACACAGAGGGUGCAGAGCUCAUAGAUGCAGUUCUUGAUGUUGUAAGGAAGGAGGCUGAAAACUGUGAUUGCCUUCAAGGAUUUCAAGUGUGCCACUCGCUGGGUGGUGGGACUGGCUCUGGGAUGGGUACCCUGCUGAUUUCUAAGAUCCGGGAGGAGUACCCUGAUAGAAUGAUGCUCACCUUCUCCGUGUUUCCUUCACCCAAGGUGUCAGAUACAGUUGUUGAGCCUUACAAUGCCACUCUUUCAGUUCAUCAGCUGGUUGAAAAUGCAGAUGAGUGCAUGGUGCUGGAUAAUGAAGCUUUAUAUGAUAUUUGCUUCAGGACUCUUAAACUGACAACUCCCAGCUUUGGUGAUUUGAACCAUCUGAUCUCAGCAACCAUGAGUGGGGUCACUUGCUGUCUUCGAUUCCCUGGUCAACUCAACUCUGACCUCCGGAAACUGGCAGUGAAUCUCAUCCCCUUCCCUCGUCUUCAUUUCUUCAUGGUUGGCUUUGCUCCCCUGACCUCCCGUGGGUCCCAGCAGUACCGUGCAUUAACAGUGCCAGAGCUGACUCAACAAAUGUGGGAUGCUAAGAACAUGAUGUGUGCUGCUGAUCCCAGGCACGGACGCUACCUUACAGCAUCAGCUAUGUUCAGGGGAAAGAUGAGCACCAAAGAAGUGGAUGAACAAAUGAUCAAUGUUCAAAACAAGAAUUCUUCCUACUUUGUCGAGUGGAUCCCGAAUAAUGUGAAGUCAAGUGUCUGUGACAUCCCACCUAGGGGGCUAUCUAUGGCAUCCACCUUUAUUGGGAACUCAACUUCCAUUCAGGAAAUGUUCAGGAGGGUGAGUGAACAAUUCACCGCCAUGUUUAGGAGGAAGGCUUUCUUGCACUGGUACACUGGGGAAGGUAUGGACGAAAUGGAAUUCACAGAAGCGGAGAGCAACAUGAAUGACCUUGUGUCAGAAUAUCAGCAGUAUCAGGAUGCCACUGCAGAGGACGAAGGGGAGUAUGAAGAUGAGGAGGAGGAAAUGGGCGAGCCUAUGUGAAGGGGAGCUAAAUAAAGUGCCAGGCUGAUAUCUUCUACUUAUUGCACUACGCAAUAUGAUGCCCUUAGUAUGUCUAUUCUACUUCUACCUGAAGAAUGUAAUUAGCUUUGGUUUGAGGGAAGCUGGGGAGUGAAACAUGAUUUGGAGAAAUGAAGUGGCCAACUCUUUCUCCGAGUCACAAGAUAUUCGGGCAAUAGAAAGGUUCUAAUUUUAGUGCGGGCUUGGGUAGAAUGUCUUGAGAGUAGUGAUGCAUUGCCUAUAUGUUUGUUCCACAUUGGCUUUAUUUGUUAUUUCUCUGGAACCAUGGAUCGUGUUUUGCAUGAUAUUUUGCCAUUCUUGUGCACGGGCUUUUUAAAUUCUGGAUAUUUCAACAUGCCAUUGUGGGGUGUCAUUUUUAUUAAUUUGACAGAAUCGUUUGAUUCC